CAUGUCGAGAUGUGGUUUCACCACAGUCCACACUAAUGCAUACAACCAAAUAAAACCCACCUAAUCUAAUACAACAAGCCAAAUUAAACAAUAUUAGAGGUUCAUGAGUGAUCCAAACGGACUCAUCUGGAUUUGAAACUUGUGUGGUAAAAGUGAAGUGAACACUCCUGUGCGUUACUUCGGUCAAAUCUGCUCAAGACGUGUUUAGUUCUGUGCAAAAGGGAAGGAAGUGCUCACAGCCCGGAUAAACUCAGAAGAAGAAGAAGAAGUCCAGCUUUUAGAUAUUUAAAUGAUACUGCACUUCUGUUUCUCAAAGCUUCUUGGUUUCUCUUUGUACACGUUCAAGUUUGAGGAGAAAUUUGCAAAAGAAGAUUAACAGAGCGUCGGUUUUUGGACGUGAGGAUGGAACAGACUUUGCUCUGCGUGCUGGGAUUAUUCUCACUGAAUCUUCUCUUCUACUGUGGACAAGCUGAAGUUGUUCUGACCGUUGAACCAAACUGGUCAGUAUUUUUCCAUGGAGAGUCUGUCACCCUCAUAUGUGACGUGAAGGAAGGACAAGAGACAGACUGGUGGUAUUCUUUCAACAGAGACGGUCAACGUUUUAUCGAGUACAGUGACUUUAAGAAACAUCAGAUACACAGACAAUACAUACGAACAGGAAACUACUCUUGCACUGGUGAUAAGAAACGCUCAGGAAAUCCGCAGGAAAGUAAAAAGGUUCAUCUAACAGUUUUAGUGUACACACCUAAGGCAUUGAUUUUGGAAGGCAACAGUUCAACAGUGGGCGCUGUGAUGUUGACCUGCUCUGUGAGCCCAUCAACACCUGGCUGGGAAUAUUCCUGGUACAGCGGCACAAACACCCAACCUCUGACUGCAGGGGACGUCGUUUUCCACUCGAAUGACAGAAUCAGUGUCUCACAGGAUGGACUUUACCGGUGCGCAGGAGGACGAGGAACUCCACGUUACUACACCGUGCAAAGUGACACAUUUGUUGCCAUCACACCUGUUGUGAAGCUGAACCACAACUGGCCUGAGGUUUUCUACGGAGAGGAGACCAGGCUCACGUGUGAGAUGAAGGGUGGAGAAAACGUCGUGUGGGAGUAUGAGUGGAUGAAACAGCAAGUUGUUCUUCCAGAAAACAAAAAGGAACAUGUAGUUGUCCAUGCUACAACAUCAGACUACAUGUGUAGGGCAGAAAGUACAUAUGGCCAAACACGGUGGAGUAAAGCUUUCAGACUGACAGUAAUUGAUUCACCUAAUCUCUCUGUGUCGUCAUUGUGGCCAAAUCCCGGAGCAUCGGUUAAUCUGAACUGUGCUGCUAAACAUCCGUCUGCAGGCUGCAGGUUCUACUGGUACAAGCUUAUUCCUAACAUAGCCCGAGAAUACUUAUACGACUAUGAGCUGCUCCCUGGAAGCACAAACGGGACCACACAGGAUUCCUAUGUCGUCUAUAAUCACACAAAUACAGCAGGGUAUGCAUGCAGAGCAGGAAGAGGAGACCCAGUGCAUUACACGUCUUACAGUCACAAGUUUGUCUGGUCCAGAGAGUUUCAGUCACCACCGUCUCUCAGAGUGAGUCCUGACAAAGUUCAACACUUCAGGUCAGACUCUGUGUCACUGACCUGUGAGGGAAACUCGUCCACACAGUGGACAGUGGUGAGGUUUCGUCAAGACGGUUUUAUGAGUCAGCGAUGCUCCGGCUUUGGGACACUGACUGGAUCAACAUGCACCACUCAGUUAAAUGAGCAACAUGCAGUGUACUGGUGUGAGUCUAAGUCAGGACAAUUCAGCAGCGCUAUCAACAUCAGUGUAUCAUACAAAGAUAUUCUACUUGAGAGUCCGACACAUCCCGUGACUGAAGGAGAAGCUGUUACUCUUCGCUGCAAACUGAAGACGGGGAACUUUGUUGCUGAUGUUUUCUUCUAUCAAAACAACAAAGUCGUCCAGAAUGACACGAGAUGGACGCUGACGAUCCCUGCGGUGUCAAAGUCACAUGAAGGCUUUUACAGAUGUGAAGGAAAAUAUUCUCAGCGGACUCUGACUUCACCACAGAGUUGGAUUUCAGUCAAAUCUGUGUCCAAACCAGAACACUCUCCAGGUCAUAUGCCUCUGAUUGUUGGAUUGGUUUGUGGAGUUUUAGUAAUAAUUCCUCUGCUGCUGCUGCUGGUGGUCUUUUGCUACAGAAUGUCUAAAGAAAAUAAAGAAACCUUUUCGAGCAGCGAAUAUGCAUCUCCUCAACAUGAUGAUGCUUGUCACUAUGAAACAGUGAAACCACGUGUGGACACAGAAGAUGAUGAAGUCAGGGGUGUUGUAUAUUCUUUGAUUGAGAUUAAAAAACGCCAUGAAAUCAAUGGAGAGAAAAGUAAACCAGACAAAGGGUGUGUUUACUCGGAUUUGAAGAUACAAUCAGAUGCAGAUGAUGAUCAGAUGUACGCCCAAGUGCAGUCAUGCAGUAAAGACAAAAAAAACAACAAAAGACAAUCAACUCCUGCUGUGGCCGAGGAAACUGUAUAUUCUGAAAUUAACCCUGGAAAAUCUAGUGAUCAGUAAUCAACCCAAGCACUGGAACAGAAGAGGUUGUACAACAAUAGUACAUUAUACAGGAGUUUAUGCAGAAGGAACAUUUGGAAUACUGAAAUUACAUACAUAUCACAUACUGAACAUAAGUAUGAAUAAGUAUAAGUAUUCAUAAGUCAGUCUGACUUUAAGGAGUUAACGUCAAACGACAAGUGAUAACUGAGUCAGGAUUUAUGAAUCUCCACACUAUAGUUUUUGGGUAAAAAUAGCUAAGGUAAAUCGAUAAAAACUCUCUUCUCUUGUCAUGUGCACAUAGUCCGUGUGUUACGAUGAUUCAAAUAUUAGAGUCACGAUACGAUACUCGAUACCAAUGACAUCACGAUACAACGAUUCUGUGAUAAUCAAUAUGUCGCAAGACAAUCUUGUAGACGGAAAGCAAAGUUUAACAUGAACAGUUAAAAGUGCAGAGUUUGGUACGUGAUGAACGUGGAUGACACUCCCUCUUCUUUGGGCCACGUAAGUUCCACAUUAAUUUGACCCACCCCUACUGUGCACAUUAGACACAUGAGAAGUAACAUAUUUUUAGUCCUUUGAGAAAUGGUUCUCACACUGUGGUACACAAACCUCCUCUGGUGGUAAAUUCAUAAACAAUGUUCUACUGUAUAUUACAUUUUACAUUACAUUACUGUAGCCAUUUACAUACUGUAUGCAACAUGUCUGCACGACAAUAGCUAAAAACAAUGAGACUUAUGUUACAGGUUUUGUUAACACCAAAAUGUAUUAACUUUGAAGUCCCACAGAGAGCAGUGAGUCAUCAGCAUAGGGAUUGAUUUCUCGAAUGGCAAAUGUAUAUAAUUGCAUUCAUGUUGAAGCAGCAACAGCGCAACAUAAUCACAUAGCUUUUUAGCAAAUAUUUCUCUCAUUUAAAAACACAUUCUACCUGUGGAAAAAGCUUUAUUUAUUUUUUU